UGGUGCCGUCUUUUGAGGACCAAGUUAAUCCGUUCCGUUCCGUGUAAAAAGGACGAUCAGUGAAGAGAAAUGGAUACGGUAGAAGAGGAAACGACCGGUGUGGGAAAGCAGCAUCACAAGAAUCGUGCCAAGAAGCGAAAGCGAGGCAAGAAGUUUCUGCAUAAUGCGAAGGGUUUCGGGCGUAUCGGGAGCUUCGGUAGGGGAGAGGACAUGGACCGGAAGGAGUACAACUAUCUGCUCAGCAUUCUCGAUGCUAUGGGGAAGACCGGGGAUACGGAAGAGCGGCAGCUGAUGGCAAACAACGUUCUCGCCCAGCUCGAAGGCAAAGAGAUCCGCACCUCAUCGAACCAGCUCGGAAGCCGGGUCCUGGAGAAUCUGCUCACCUACACGGACGAGGAAACGUUCGCGCGCCUAAUGGACACCCUGGCGGAGCACUUCCGCGUGGUGUGCUGCGAUUCGUUUGCAUCCCACGUGCUCCAGCGAGUGCUGUACGUGGCGAUGCUCCGUACCGUAGCGCCCUUGCAAGAACAGCAACAGGAAGAGGGCGACGGAAAGUCGGCGGAAAAGAAACAGAAACUCACAGCAGGCGGUGACGAGCGCGGACCAAAGGACAUUUGGCCCAGCUUUACCUACAGCCUGCAGGAACCGUACAGUGAAGAGCAUCGGCGCGCGUGUGGCGCGUUUGUGGAACGGUUGGCCAAGUUUUUGGUCAACAAUCUCGAAGAGUUCGUGUGGAACUGCACAGCCAACUAUGUCGUGCGGCAGUGCAUGCUGCAUCUGAGCGGUAUCGCCGAGAUGAAGGUAGCCCUAGUGGGAGGCGGUGUGGGACCACGUGAUUCCGGAGGCGACAAAGAAACGAUGAAAAGGCUGGUGGUACCGGAGAGCUGGAGCAAACUGUUGCACAGCUUCAAUCUGCAUCUGCUGGAAUGGCCACAGUUUGCGGACUUGCCGUUCGGUAAUCUUACCUCGAUCGUACUACAGACGCUGCUACAGGCGAUCGCAAACAGCAACGACCAGUUUCAGCUCGAGCAGCUUUGCUCUAAGCUACACAGCGAGUGCUUCCUUGCCAACCUGGCGGAGGCAAAUAACGAUGAAAGCGACGAGAGUGGAAAAGAAACGCCCGCCGUGGGAAAGCAAGAUGAAGGGAUGAAACUACCGCAACUUUUCCACUGCGACGGUGCUGUCCGGCUGCUGGAGGUGUGCCUCUCGGUAGCAUCUGCCGAGUUUCUGCGUGAGAAACUCUUUGGCGAGUUGUUCCGCGACCGGUUGAAGGCACUAGCGCUCUCGAGGGCCUCUAACUUUGCCGUUCAGAAGCUGAUCGAUCACACCACCGACAAGGACACAAUGGAGACGAUCUUUGCCGAGCUGGAAGGUAGCUUCGAGUCCAUCCUACGCCGUGGUCACUCGGGUGUAGUGCUAGCCUUGGCCAACGCAUGUGUUCGACUUUCCUGUCAGCAGGGAAAGUUCGUAAAGCAACUGCUCGACGCGCUGCACUGUGGUGAUGCCGUAUCGGAAAAGUUGCUGACUCCGGUUCUAUAUCUGCUGCCAGCGAACGUAACACCCGCCACCACACCGAAGAUUCAUAUACACGGGUCACUCAUCCUGCAAGCGAUUCUAGAAUUCAAUAAGCCCAUCAAAUUCGUUACAGCCCUGCUCGAGAUGGAUGCGGAGCGGUUGGCGGAGAUUCUGCGCGAUCAGCGUGGUUCUUUCAUUGCAAACGCAUUCGUACGAUCACGAUUCGUCGGUGAGAAGUCACGCGAAAAGAUGGUGCGCCACUUGGAAGGCCAGUACGGCCAGUUGGCACAGACGUCGCACGGUUCGCGCGUGGUCGAGCUGUUCUACGAGGCAGGCAAUCCGGCGCAAAGGGAAAACAUUGUUAGCGAACUCUCCGAGUGCUCUGCACAGCUGAGCGGCAAACCGUGGGGUUUCAUCCUCAACAAGCGGCUACUGAUCGAUACGUAUAAGCGUGAUCCGGCCCGUUGGAAGGUGGCGAUAAAGAGCGAUGCGAAGGUGGAACGAAUGUUCGAUAAGAUCGUUGGUGGUAAAAAGCGAAAAGCACAAGCAUAACGUUCAAUAAAAACCAAAACUACGCACCAACAGAAGCGUAGGAUAUCCUUCCAGUUACACUUGCCCUGGAUAAAAGGAUCUAUAAAGCA